GAAUGUUCGUAGACGUAGGGCCACUGUGAACUUGUCACGUUCCCUUGGCUGUCAUAGAUCCACUUAUAACAGAAGGUGGAAUAAAAUGAGAGCUGCUUUCAUGAAAAAAUAUGACUUUCUUUCGUUCAGUGAGUUUGCUAAUGAAAGCACCUUAAAAGGUAACUGCGUUCAACAAUGUUGUUUAUUAAAUUGAUAGAAGUAAAGAGAGAAAUCACUUGUAAUGACAGUACUUCAACUAUUACACCAUCGAAUAGCAACAUCAAUCAAGGACUUUCAGAUAAUAGUGGUAUGUAUACUAAAUUCAUACGUGAAUAUAUAUCUUAUAGGAUGUCCUGAAGUGAACCUGUGCUCUCCAAAGUUCGUGAAUCGCAAAGAAAUGAUGAACGACUUGAUGAUGUAUCUGAUGUCAAAUACAUCUCUGAGCAUAAGGGAUGCUGAUCGGGUUCUGUAUGGUCUAAGAUUUUUUAUCCCUGACAUUCCGAAAAGCAUCAGAGGUGUCCUAAAGACGUGUCCAAGUGUUCAACCAAAGUUUAUCGGCAGUGGGGUUUACUACCAUCUAGGAUUGAAAACCAAUCUGCUAAGAUACGUUGAACUUUGGUUGUGUACUAGUGAUUUUGAAUUUUUAAAUUUAUAUAUCAGUGUGGAUGGACUUUCUAUGUCUAGAAGCUCCAAUCAACAGUUAUGGCCUAUACUAGGACGGAUCGUUGCCCCUAGGCUUAGUGACGUGUUCAUAAUAGGGAUCUACGGAGGGAAUAGUAAGCCGGCAGAAUUCAACGAGUUUUCUGCGGACACAAUUUCUGAAAUAAAAGAAAUGACUGACGUGGGUCUUUUUAGUGUAAAGUUUAAUAAAUGUAUAGCUAUUAGGUUGGCGGCUGUUAUAUGUGACGCACCUGCUCGUUCUUCUGUUAGGUACACGGUAAAUCACAACGGUAAGGCAGGUUGCGAUAGGUGUACUGUACUUGGGAGACGGCUGGAGGGGAAAACGACCUUUCCAAAUGGAGUACAUACCUUAAGAACAGACGACACCUUCCGUCGUCAGUCUCAAUCAAUUCACCAUCAAGGACAUUCUAUUAUGGAAACGCUUUCGAUUGAUAUGAUUUUAACUUUUCCUCUAGAUCCUAUGCACAUGGUGUACCUCGGUGUUACCAAAAAACUAGCUAAUUUAUGGAUAGAUUUAGCACGCCGAAGACUGCGCGACUUUAACUCAUGUGCAAUUAGGGACAUAAAUAAUUUAAUAACGGGUUGUGUGGCAAGUACUCCUUCUGACUUUCCCCGUAAAUGCCGUACACUAGACUUUGUAUCGGCAUGGAAAGCUUCUGAAUGUAGGUUGUUUCUUCUGUAUUUAGGCCCGGUGAUUCUUGAAAAAACAUUGCCACAACCUUUUUAUCUUAAUUUCCGGCGUUUAGCGUUAUCCAUUUAUCUGCUUGCACAUCCGAAAUUACAUAAAAAUGUUGUAGAAACCGUCAAAUUAGAUUUACUAAACUUCCUAAAUGAAUACGCAUGGUGUUAUGGGUGUGAAAACUUAGUUUACAAUGUGCAUUCGUUACAGCACCUCCCUGACGACGUUCGUGCACAUGGACCUUUAGAUAGUUUUUCAGCCUUUCCAUUCGAGUCUUAUAUGAGACAAAUUAAGAAUUCCGUGCGUGGUGGGUUUGCAGUAGCUAAGCAAGCAGCACAGCGUUAUGCUGAGAGAAUGUCCUUCAGGGAUAGGCUUCAAAUUAGUGGUUUAACAAAUACUACCAUAAUAGGCGCUAAUGAUGUCUCCAUUAAACAAGUAAUUAUGUUUAACAACAGCAGAAUAAGUUCAUAUAAACCGGAUAAUGUAGUAGUAGUUAACGGCCAGCCCGGUUUAGUUACUGACAUAAAGGAGGAUGGACUACUAAAAUUUAGGACUUUCAUUGACCCACGCAAUUACUUUGAAGAUCCUUUCCCAUCUAGUGAUAUUGGAAUCUUUAUGUGCUCCGUAGUUAGCCAUGAAUACACAUGGGUUUCAAUUAAGAACAUUGAUUGUAAAUGUAUAGCCAUCAAUUGUACCAAUUACAUAGUUGUAAUCCCAUUGUUGCAUACUUUAUUGUAAAUGCAUUUCGUUUCAUUAGUGUUUAAUUAAUGAUGAUAAACCAUUUACUUACGUCUUAUGUUCUUUUCAGCCCACUAACAAGAAAUACGUUAUUGUUGACGCCCUAAAAAAAAACAACUUAUGAUAGCAUCAAAAAAUGGAUAGUUGGCAAUGACCUUUGCGCUUUUCCGAAUGAGAUGGUCGAUAUACACCUUCAGAAGUGCGACCAACCUAAUGACAAUUGGUCACUUAUGAAGUGUAAAGUUAUUCAUGAAUUAGGUAAGCUACAAUCAUGGAAACUAUAAUUCACUAUAGAAUCUCUGCAGUCUGCAAAAGAUCUGUUAGCUUCCCUGCAAAUACUGCAAUCUCACCUUGAAAACACUUCAACGGAUGAAAACACUCUGCCACAUAACACUGAGAAGCCCAAGAGGUCUGUACAAUAGUCUUACUAACAUUUCCUAGAGGUGUAAUGAAACGUAAAGAAGAUUUUCUUUACAAUUCAGUAGACAUGGAUGUGGCUGAGAUGCAGGCUGGGAAUAUCCGCGUGCAAUAUCCCAAAUUUCGUGUUUUCGACAAUGUGAUAUCUCCAAUCGCCAAGUACGUUUAAUUACUAUUUAGAUAUUCACUAUUUAGUUCAACACAAUUAGAGACAUCACCAUCGACAUCGGAAUGUAAGCAUGUUGGUGGCGCUGUAUUGGACCAGUAAGUGAACUGCAUCAUCUAGUGACCUUUUUCACCUGUGAUAGGUUGUAUACUGUGGUGCUGAAGAUGUCGUCAGCUAUCAAUGACUUGACUAAAACGAUUAACAACAUGUCGUCCGCCAUUACGAACUUGAAUGUUAAUGUAAACCAAUUGCUUUCAAAGUCUAAUGAGCGCGAAAGACCGCAUGAAUUCGAUUGCGGACUGUCAAGUCAGCAGUUCCCUUUGUCAUCUGAAGAGGAACUACAGAUGCUAGAUACUGGUUUGUCGCAGAAAGAAACCAGGGACAGAUUUAUGGCAAUGGUCACUAGGUUAUCAGGUGACGAUCCAAAAACGUCCAUGCGUUUUAUUCUGUCGCAUCUGCUGACACCGGAGGUUGCCAGUAAAUUCACGUUACUUGGCACCUCUUCUAAACGAGCACUACAUAAAUGCACGUUUUACAGCUGCAUACGAAGUGCCUUAACUCAUCGUUUUUUGUCAUCCUCUGUAAAUGAGAAAGACCUUGGUAAGCUAUACGACAUAGCGACACAAGGUUACUUUCACGACCUCCGAGACAAGAUGAUAAAACGAAAUAGAAGAAAAGAAAAUCAGGUAGGUACUAAUUUAAAGUGAUAACCUCCCUACGGCUCUAUAGUUACAGUCAACAAUACUGACGAACAUAACCGUAAGUUCACCUUCAAGUAUUUGGUUGUGCAAAAGCAUGUCAUUGAGAUAUGGUUGUGACUUUUUUUUGUUGUUUUUUUUUAAAAUCAGAAUUCACAGGACGACUACCUCAAUUGUGAUUAGUCCGUGCAAUUGCUUUGAUGUUGUACCUCGAUUUCAAUAAACAUUAUUCUUUCAAACAGCUUACUCUUUUACCUACAUGGGAAACUGUUGAAGUGUUGAGAAUGUGUGUUUGAGUUUCAGUGAACUAUUGAUUAAAUGCACAUUUCUUAUGAAUACAUUAUAACCUGUUCGUUCUUUUUCAGAUAAUUUCAAAUAACAAUGUAUUAGCAAUUGCAUUGGAUAUGCAUAACAAUCGAUGCUUCAGCUUGUGCUCUACUGUUGUACAAUAAUACGCUUUUCUUUUUCAAUAAAAUUUUUGAAAUAUUUACCGCUUUUCCACUGCAUUGCAGAUAUAUUUUGGUCUGUUGUUGAAAAUAAAGGCGAACAUAGGAGACCUUUGGGGUUAUGUCGAUGGAUAGAAAAUAGUAGGUAAUGUGUGUAUUUAGGCGAAAAGUAGACAAUUAAGCGCAUAAGUAGGCAAUUCGGCGGAUAUUUAGGCGAAAAUGCGACAAUUUAGCGGAUAUUUAGGCGAAAAUGCGACAAUUCAGCGGAUAUUUAGGCGAUAAGUCCGUAAUUUGUCGACAAAAAGGCGAAAAAGGGGAAAAUCCGCAUUAUUUCCCCCGGACAGGCGAAAAAGGCGACAUUCUGGCGCGUUUUCCCCUAUAUUUCCCCUUUCGCUACCAUAGCAUUUACUCUUUAUUUCCCCUUUUUGUGUUGUUUGGGUCCCAUUUCGUACAUUAUCCGGGACGAUCCUACAUUGAAGAUAUGCAUUGUGACGGCUUUUUCGAAAUGUACAUGCUCAACGAAACAUCUCGAAGGUUUAUGGGGUUUCAUAGUUAAAGUACCAGCAAGAUGAGAGACCCCACAAAUCACUUACGGUUGGACAGAUCGAAGUAGGAGACGAGUUGUUUGAGCCCUAAGCAACCAAUAAAGUGGAACAAGGGGGAAAUAAAGCGGACAAAAGAGUAAAUAAAAUGGAAAACUUAAUUUUUCCCCUUCACAUCGUGUAUUUGGGGGAAAUCUGUAGACAAAUAUAUGGGCAACGCAGCAGGGGUAUCGGUAACUGACGGAGGCCACUGAGCACUUGAAGGUCAGGCCGCCACAAAACGAUCGUUAACGAUCCCAAAGGUCUCCUAUGUUCGCCUUUAUUUUCAACAACAGACCAAAAUAUAUCUGCAAUGCAGUGGAAAAGCGGUAAAUAUUUCAAAAAUUUUAUUGAAAAAGAAAAGCGUAUUAUUGUACAACAGUAGAGCACAAGCUGAAGCAUCGAUUGUUAUGCAUAUCCAAUGCAAUUGCUAAUACAUUGUUAUUUGAAAUUAUC